UCGUACCGGAAAAGCGAACAGCAUCAACCAGAUUCCGUCAUUCGUAGCCAUUUCGUAGAUCUACCAUCCAUGCAAAGUUAUGACAGUACUUUGCAAUUAUAAUGUUUUUUUAGUGACUACUGUCAUAGCGUUCCAGCAGAGGCAAUGUUGAAAAUAUUGUGGAAUUCUCUCGGUUUAUCCUAAUUUUCCUACUUCAUACUAAUUGCAAGUGUAAAGUAUAGGCCUGAAGUGUACUGAAUCUUGGCUAAGUAGCCUUGCUUAAAUAAAUAAAGAUGAAUUUCUGCCCGAGUCGUGGUGUGAUGUUGGCUGACUUGAAUACCUAGUACUUGCCCUCCAUACCCUUUUACCAGAGAACGCGCUCAUAGAGAAAUCAGCAGUCAUCGCAUCCGUCCUGAGAGGAAAUCGCAAAGGUUGGAAAGUGGUGGGUGCCAUGGAGCUGACAUAUUUAUAUGUGUUGAUGGAUUCACUAUUUGUCACAAUCAGCGAUGUGAUUCUUUUCAAGACUGUCCAUAUGGAGAUGAUGAGGAAGCAUGUGGUUGUGCCAAGGGCAGAUUUUUGUGUGAUGGUGUAAGAUGUUUGUUGGAAGAGAGAAGAUGCGAUGGGAACCAAGAUUGCAAGGAUAACACUGAUGAGGAGGAUUGCCUUACUACUACAGCUAUGACUGCUAGUGCUGUUGACUCCAUUCUGCACUCUACCACACAGGUUUCCAAUACAGGAUGUGGCCAAGACAGUUUUGUGUGUGACAUUGACAAGUGUAUCUUAGAAAGCAAAAGAUGUGAUGGAAGCCAAGACUGCAGGGAUAAUUCUGAUGAAGAGGAUUGCUUCACUGCCACUAUAAAGAGCACUACUCCUGUGAAAGGUUGUAGCCCUGGAGAAUUCAGGUGUGAUGCUAAUCGCUGUUUAUCGGAUGAAAAAAAAUGUAACAAAGAAUUUGAUUGCCUGGAUAAUUCUGAUGAAGAUAAUUGUACUGAAAGCCCUUGGGUUUAUUCAUUUCCUUCUUCCAGGACCUCCAUAUCUGGGUGUGGCCAAGACAGUUUUGUGUGUGACAUUGACAAGUGUAUCUUAGAAAGCAAAAGAUGUGAUGGAAGCCAAGACUGCAGGGAUAAUUCUGAUGAAGAGGAUUGCUUCACUGCUAGUACACAGAGUACUACUUCUGUGAGAGUUUCCAAUACAAGGUGCGGCCAAGACAGUUUUGUGUGUGACAUUGACAAGUGUAUCUUAGAAAGCAAAAGAUGUGAUGGAAGCCAAGACUGCAGGGAUAAUUCUGAUGAAGAGGAUUGCUUCACUGCCACUACACAGAGUACUACUACACAGCGUACUACUACACAGCAUACUACUUCUGUGAAAGUUUCCAAUACAAGGUGCGGCCAAGACAGUUUUGUGUGUGACAUUGACAAGUGUAUCUUAGAAAGCAAAAGAUGUGAUGGAAGCCAAGACUGCAGGGAUAAUUCUGAUGAAGAGGAUUGCUUCACUGCCACUACACAGAGUACUACUACACAGCGUACUACUACACAGCAUACUACUUCUGUGAAAGUUUCCAAUACAGGGUGUCACCAAGACAGUUUUGUGUGUGACAUUGACAAGUGUAUCUUAGAAAGCAAAAGAUGUGAUGGAAGCCAAGACUGCAGGGAUAAUUCUGAUGAAGAGGAUUGCUUCACUGCCACUACACAGAGUACUACUACACAGCGUACUACUACACAGCAUACUACUUCUGUGAAAGUUUCCAAUACAGGGUGUGGCCAAGACAGUUUUGUGUGUGACAUUGACAAGUGUAUCUUAGAAAGCAAAAGAUGUGAUGGAAGCCAAGACUGCAGGGAUAAUUCUGAUGAAGAGGAUUGCUUCACUGCCACUACGCAGAGUACUACUUCUAUGAAAGCUUGUGGCACAGACCAGUGGAUGUGUAGAGAUGGGUCUUGCAUACCAAAAGAAUAUCGUUGUGAUAUACGACAAGAUUGUUCCGAUUCUUCUGAUGAAGAAGGAUGUUCAAACGCCUGCAGUCCUAGUCAGCUGAUGUGCCGAGAUGGGUCAUGUGUUCCCAAGAAAUUCCGUUGUGAUGGACGAUAUGAUUGUCCGGACUUUUCGGAUGAAGAGGGAUGCUCAAAAGUUUGUAAUACCAAUGAAUGGAAAUGUUGGGAUGAAGCAUGUAUACCUCGAGGAAAACGCUGUGAUGGUCACCCCGACUGCCAAGAUGAAAGUGAUGAAGAUGGAUGUCAAAUAACCUGUGAAGUAGGUCAGUGGCAGUGUGAUGAUGGACACUGUAUUGGUGAAGAUCUUUUAUGUGAUGGUGAAGUCAACUGUGAAGAUUAUUCUGAUGAAAUAAAAUGUAGAACGGAAUGCGGGCCAGGAAAGUGGCAGUGCCAUGACUUGUACUGUGUUGAUGAGAAUCUUCGUUGUGAUGGAAUACCUCAGUGUUUUGACUCUUCUGAUGAAGAAAAUUGCUCAGGACACAUGUGGAAAUGCUGGGAUGGUUGGUGGAUCAAGAGUGACCAACGCUGUGAUGGCUUCUAUCACUGUUAUGAUGGCUCUGAUGAGUUCUUCUGUGAAUUUACUUUCCUCUAGUCUGUUCCUCAAACGUGGUCAAGUUGUUGGUAAAACAAAGCCUUUGUGAGUAAUAUUUCAUGCUAUUUUGUGAAUGGAUACAUAAAUAUUUGUAAUUGAGACAUUUCUUUAAUUAGAUUUACUUAAGAAGGUAACAAGUGUUGGGAAAUGUUAAUUAUGUUAAAUACAUUAAUGUUAAUUUGAUUUUUAUUCUCUAACUUAGCUUUGAAGUUGUUGGUAAUCUUGUUCUGUUUACAAUGCAAGUAUGAUGUAAUUUUCUUAUUGUAGAAUUAUAUCAGCACAUGAAGUGUUAUGCAAAAGAGCAAGACUUUUGCUGUUAGGAAUUUGUAAAAUAGGAUUUAGUAUUGUAGUAUAGUGUUUUAAUACAGUAUUGUGUUUAAUAGUUUCAUGAAGCUGUGGAAAAAUUUUUUGUUGGUAAUGUUAAAUAAUAUUUACCAUACUAAAUUAUCAGAAAUUCUUGAGGUAAUCCUUUUCCUCUACCAAACUUUUGUAUUGAAAUCAAGAAAAGGUUUAUAAAUAAUUUUGUCAAAAUAGUAAAUUUAAAUAGUUUUCGCUUGAGGUAAGUUCCAAACUUUCAGUUCCUUUUUAACCAAUCACAAGCUUCAUAGAAAUAAUUUUAGUAGUGCCUAUUCAAUUUUAUUUUGAAGUCAUAGUUGUCAUGUUGUGUGUUUUAGAAUUAUUUAUUUUGUUUUAAAGACUGCAUUCAUGGUAUCUUUUGGUUUACCUGUGCAUUAAUAACAUCUUUUGGUUUACCCUGCAUAGUUUUUGUUUGCAAUUUUUUAUCUUAAUAUCAUGGAGUAAUGCAAUUAUGCUUUCUUUUUUAUGGUGUACUAUCAGUCUUUAUUUGGUGUAAUGUUCUUGUUGAUGCAGUAUAGCAAU